AUGGCUGCGUUCAAGUUCGCUAGCUUGAUAAUUGGUCUCGCUGCUAUUUCCGGGAUUGUAGAUUCGCAGGCACCUCAGGAAGUAGCACCCACCAGUAAUUUGGUGCACAAGGGCCCCAAGACAGGAGCUGGCCUGACGAUUGUAAUCGGACCAAAUACUUCUUCGGGGUAUAGUGAAACUACAGAUGUAGGACUGGAUAUGGAACUUGCCAAGGAGCGGUUCAAACGCAUCCUUCGCCGCCUUACCGAAUUUGACUCUGAGCAUUUUUUGUAUAAACCAUAUGUAAAAAUGGUGCAGGGAAUGAAAAAUAGGCCUAGCAUCGUCUUGCCCAUAAAUAUUGCUGUUAAACUCGCUAACUUGAAACCUGGCCAACUGCCUGAAUCAUUGGCAUGGGACUUAUGCGGUUACCUCUCCAGAGUAUUAUUGACGGAACACAUCGAAGAGCUUCCUGAAUCUGACAGGAGCAGAAAUGAAUAUGUUAUUCGUAGCGAUCUCUGGAAUUACGUUUUAAAGGCAUUAGAAACACCCUAUUGGGUCGAGCUAGAGUAA